GACGUCGGCGCGCGGGAUUUAAACUGCAGCGGUUUAGGCGGCGUUAACCUAACGCUGUAGAGUCCUGGUUUUCCAGCUUCUUGCAUUACUUUUGCCCUGUGCUAUUCCGGAUUCCAUGGAGUCACUUCACGCCCGAUUGUUUCCCGGUCUCUCCAUCAACAUUCAACGGAGUAAUGGUGUAAUUCACAGCGCCAACAUAAGCACUGUGAACUUGGAGAAAUCCUGUGUUUCCGUGGAAUGGACAGAAGGAGGGACUACGAAGGGCAAAGAGAUCAAUCUCGAUGAUGUGGCUGCAAUAAACCCAGAACUCUUACAGCUUCUUCCCUUACACCCAAAAGACACCCUACCACUACAGGAAAACGUAGCCGUCCCGAAGCAAAAACGGAGAUCAGUCAACUCCAAAAUUCCAGCUCCAAAAGAAGGUCUUCGAAGCCGCUCUACGCGCAUGUCCACUGUCUCAGAGGGUCGACUUGCCACUCAGGAGAAUGAAAUGGAGGUGGAGCUGCCUGUGCCUACAAACUCUCGCAGGCAGUUUUCCGUUCCCACCGGCCACCCAAGGCCCUCCUGCUCCAUGGUGACAGAAUUACCGUUGUCCAUGGUCAGCGAGGAGGCAGAAGAGCAAGUCCACCCCACCCGAAGCACAUCUUCUGCAAACCCUGGGAAUUCAGUUCGGAGGAAAUCGUGUAUUGUGAAGGAAAUGGAGAAAAUGAAGAACAAGCGGGAAGAGAAGAGGGCCCAGAACUCGGAAAUAAGAAUAAAACGAGCUCAGGAAUAUGACGGCAGUUUUCCAAACUGGGAAUUUGCCCGCAUGAUUAAAGAAUUUCGGAUUACUAUGGAAUGUCACCCACUUACUGUGACUGACCCUAUCGAGGAGCACAGGAUCUGUGUCUGCGUCAGGAAGCGCCCGCUGAACAAACAAGAACUGGCCAAGAAAGAAAUCGAUGUGAUUUCUGUUCCCAGCAAGUGUCUCCUCCUGGUGCAUGAGCCCAAGUUAAAGGUGGACUUAACAAAGUACCUGGAGAACCAGGCUUUCUGUUUCGACUUCGCCUUUGAUGAGACAGCUUCCAAUGAAGUCGUCUACCGGUUCACAGCAAGGCCACUGGUACAGACAAUUUUUGAAGGGGGAAAAGCAACAUGCUUUGCCUAUGGACAGACAGGCAGUGGGAAGACACACACAAUGGGCGGAGACUUGUCUGGGAAAAGUCAGAAUGCAUCCAAAGGGAUCUACGCCAUGGCUUCCCGGGAUGUCUUCCUUCUGAAGGGUCAGCCUCGCUACCGGCACCUGAACCUGGAGGUUUAUGUAACAUUCUUCGAGAUCUACAACGGGAAGGUGUUUGAUCUGCUCAACAAAAAGGCCAAGUUACGCGUGCUAGAAGACAGCAAGCAACAGGUGCAGGUUGUGGGGCUGCAGGAGCGCCUGGUUAACUGCGCCGAGGAUGUCAUCAAGAUGAUCAACAUGGGCAGCGCCUGCAGGACUUCAGGACAAACGUUUGCCAACUCCAACUCCUCCCGCUCCCAUGCCUGCUUCCAGAUUCUUCUUCGAGCUAAAGGGAGAUUGCAUGGCAAAUUCUCUUUGGUGGAUCUGGCAGGAAAUGAACGAGGGGCCGACACUUCUAGUGCUGACCGGCAGACUCGCAUGGAGGGUGCAGAAAUUAACAAGUCUCUCCUGGCUCUGAAGGAGUGCAUCCGGGCACUAGGGCAGAACAAGGCUCACACCCCGUUCCGUGAGAGCAAGCUGACACAGGUGCUGAGGGACUCCUUCAUUGGAGAGAACUCAAGGACUUGCAUGAUCGCCAUGAUCUCCCCAGGCAUAAGCUCCUGUGAAUAUACUUUAAACACGUUGAGAUAUGCAGACAGAGUGAAGGAGCUGAGCCCCCAUAGCGGGCCCAGUGGAGAGCAGCCAAUUCAUAUGGAAACAGAAGAGAUGGAAGCCAGCUCUAACGGGACCUCACUGGCAGGCAAUUUCUCCAAAGAAGAGGAGGAGCUGUCUUCCCAGAUGUCCAGCUUUAACGAAGCCAUGACUCAGAUCAGGGAGCUGGAAGAGAGGGCCAUGGAGGAGCUCAAGGAGAUCAUACAGCAAGGACCAGGCUGGCUUGAGCUCUCUGAGAUGACUGAUCAGCCAGACUAUGACUUGGAGACCUUUGUGAACAAAGCAGAGUUUGCCCUGGUGCAGCAGGCUAAGCACGUCUCAGCCCUGCAAGAAGUCAUCAGGGCCCUGCGCCUGGCCAUGCAGCUGGAAGAGCAGGCUAGCAAACAAAUCAACAGCAAGAAACGGCACCAAUGAUGACUUCCAAUAAAGACCUGUUUGGUAUCACACCAGCCUCUUCCCCGCCCCAGAAAGGUUUGGGCACCUUCUGGCUUUGGUUAGGGACUGAGUUGGAUGGGUUUUGGUAAAUGCCAGUUAAGGAGCAUCAGGCCCUGGAAAGCUAGGGAGGUAUGCUGUC